UAUAAACCCCAGCUCUCGCGCUGUGGGUGGGAACACCAAUCGGAGAGAGUGAGAGACAGAGACAGAGAGAGACCGAGAGAGAGGAGACUGAGGAGGAGAAGCUGACAGGGGCUCGCGGAGGGGGAGCAGCUGGUGCCCCUGCGUGCAUCUCCACCCCUCUAUCUCAGCGUGCACAUGGACGACCACCUCAGCCUCCUGCAAUCCCCGCCGCCUUCCGUCACCAAGACCCACCAGGACAACCCCGACCUCCGAGACCGCGACACCCUAAUAAACCACGGAUACACAGAGACAGACAUCGAUGUGAUGACGGUGGUGGCGUGCGGCGGAGACAACAUGCUGGAGGAGUUGGUGGUGCUACCAGGUCACCACUCUCUGGACCGGUACGAACGGAACCAACCGGACCACGAGUGCUGUGAACGCGUUGUCAUCAAUAUCUCCGGGCUGCGCUUCGAGACGCAGCUGAAGACCCUCUCCCAGUUCCCUGAGACCCUGCUGGGGGACCCCAAGAAGAGAAUGAGGUACUUUGACCCUCUGAGGAACGAGUAUUUCUUUGACAGGAACCGGCCCAGCUUCGACGCUAUCCUCUAUUAUUACCAGUCAGGCGGGCGCAUCAGGAGACCCGUCAACGUGCCCAUAGACAUCUUCUCUGAGGAGAUCCGCUUCUACGAGCUGGGAGAAGAGGCCAUGGAGAAGUUCAGAGAGGAUGAGGGUUUUAUUAAGGAAGAGGAGAGACCACUACCUGACAAUGAGCUGCAGAGACAGGUGUGGCUGCUGUUUGAGUACCCAGAGAGCAGUGGUCCGGCGCGGGGGAUAGCCAUCGUCUCUGUCCUCGUCAUCCUCAUCUCCAUCGUUAUCUUCUGCCUGGAGACGUUACCGGAGUUCAGGGACGACCACAAGGAGCCCGUCCCCGUGGCUCCCGUUAUUAACGGCACCGAGCCGUACUUCUCCUCUCCGUUCUCCGACCCGUUCUUCGUGGUAGAGACGCUGUGCAUCAUCUGGUUCUCCUUCGAGCUGCUGGUCCGGUUCUUUGCCUGUCCCUCCAAGGCCACGUUCUCUAGGAACAUCAUGAACAUCAUAGAUAUCGUUGCUAUCAUACCCUACUUCAUUACACUGGGCACGGAGCUGGCGGAGCAGCAGGGGAACGGGCAGCAAGCCAUGUCCCUCGCCAUCCUCAGGGUCAUCAGGCUGGUCAGGGUCUUCAGGAUCUUCAAGCUGUCCAGACACUCCAAGGGGCUCCAGAUCCUGGGCCAGACCCUGAAGGCCAGCAUGCGGGAGCUGGGCCUCCUCAUCUUCUUCCUCUUCAUCGGAGUCAUCCUAUUCUCCAGCGCCGUCUACUUCGCCGAGGCCGACGACCCAGACUCCGGCUUUAGCUCCAUCCCUGAUGCCUUCUGGUGGGCCGUGGUCACCAUGACUACUGUCGGCUACGGCGACAUGCACCCGAUAACCAUCGGCGGGAAGAUCGUGGGCUCUCUCUGCGCCAUCGCUGGCGUGCUGACCAUCGCCCUACCCGUCCCCGUCAUCGUGUCCAACUUCAACUACUUCUACCAUCGGGAGACGGAGGGGGAGGAGCAGGCGCAGUACCUCCACGUGGGAAGCUGUCAGCCGCUGGCGUCCGAGACGGAGGAGGAUGGGGGGAUGAGGAAGAGGAGCAGCUCUUCAUCGCUCAGUAAGAGUGAGUACCUGGUGAUAGAGGAACACAGAGAACUGAACAGCAGCACCUUCAAACAGCAGCAGAACUUCCCCACGGCAACCACCGCUACCACGACAACAACCAUGACACAAAACAACACAGCGAACAGCGUCAGCAUCAACAAGAAGAUAUUCACUGACGUGUAGUCUAUGGCGUCAUAACGGACUCGUGGAUGAAUGUAUGUAGUGCUUUAACAGAAGGGGUUGAAUGAGGGGAAACCCAUCACCAGCAUGCACCUCCAGGCCCCAU